GGAACCACACAAUUCAAAACAUUGAGUAUUUCCAUAUUUAGAAACCAAAAGGGUUGCACACUUUUUUCAGAUGGCAUCCAACCCUUUGAACUCGAACCUAGCCGCUCCACUCCCUCCACCUGGGACACAGCCGUCAAUGCGAGGUGCUGAACGAGGCAAGUACUUGCCUUCUGAUGAGGCUGCUAGAGCGUCUCAAGGUCUGUCUAGGGGUGCUGACCGAGCUAGCAUGUACUUGCCGUCUGAUGAAAGAAGGGCAGUGCAAUUACCACCCACCGGGGCUGCUGCUGCUGCUGAACGCAGCAUGUCAGCCCUGCCCUAUGAUGAGGGCAGGGCGCUUUUUCCAAGAGGUUCCGAGCAGCAGGGCUUGCUGUUGCCUUCUCGUGACAGCAGGGCACCUCUGCUGUCAGCAAGGGAUCCUGAGCAACUUGGACUGCGCUUGCCGUCUGAUCAUCAUCAUCAUCAUGAGGGUGGCAUGCCUCUGAUGUCAAGGGGUGGUGAACGCGGUGGCAUUUUUCUUACCUCUGACGAUCAUGCACUUGCUAGGCAGGUCGAGCAGUACCAUUAUCCUGAUGCUAGUAAUAUCAAUAUCAGGCCACUUUUCCAUCUCGUUCAGGAAAUUAUUGAGCGCGCCACUCAAACAGUUGUAGACGCUUCCCUGGGUAAUGUUUUCUCAAAGAGAGAAGCCAUGGAAGGGAAAAUUUCUCUUAACAGUCUUCAGGAAUUUCCUGACUUGCCUCUUGUUGCUGAAAGGAUAUCUUGUGAGAUUACCUGCAAGGUACUGAGUGGUGUUGAUGCACACAACACCACUCUAUCAGUACUGAAUAUGCUUGCACACUUUUCGUGGGAAGCCAAGGUGGUUUUGACGCUAGCGGCGUUUGCGUUAACCUAUGGAGAUUUUUGGCUUCUGAUUCAAAUUUACGCUACCAAUCCCCUCGCAAAAUCCAUGGCGCUUAUCAAGCAAUUGCCAAUGGUUGUGGAUUUCGGAGGCUUUAAGCAUCAGUUUGAUGCCACUAAUAAUCUUAUCGAAAUCAUGGUUGAAACAACCAAGUGCAUUGUAGAGUUUGGGGAGCUUCCCACAGUUUACAUCACACCGGAGGAUCCAGAAGUUAAGGCUGCAAUGACCCAUUUCCCGAUUGCUGUGUACUGGAUCAUCAGAAGUGUUGUGGCUGCGGCAACCUACAUUACGACUAUGUCUAGCAGGGGAGUUGAAUAUGGGACGAAUACUUCACUAACGUGGGAGCUCUCCAACAAGGCACACAAGCUUAAAACUAUAAGCGAUCAUCUUAGGGACACAUUGUCUAGAUUGCAUCGAUACAUUGGGGAGAAACGAGACAUUGAUUCAUACAAUCUGAUAAAAAACGUUGUCUAUCAGACGAUUCAUUAUGACAACAUGAAAGUCCUGAAUAUUCUAAUCUCUACCAAUAAUGAUGUGCCUCCAUUGUAUGAUUGUCCGAAUAAGAGAAGGGUUCACCUUGAAGAAUUGAUGAAGAAAAAUGUGUUACUACUGAUAUCAGGCCUAGACAUCACUCAAGAUGAGUUAUUUUUCCUUGAGCAAAGCUACACUGACUCGAAGGUGCAUGCAUACGAGAUUGUAUGGAUUCCAGUAGUGGAGUCAAUGCAGUGGACCGAUUCAAUGCAAGUUAAGCUCGAGACUUUACAUGAGUCAAUGCCCUGGUACGCGGUCUACCACCCUUCAAUGAUUGGAAACGCGGUCAUCAAGUUCUUCAGAGAUGAUUGGCACUUCAGGGGCAAACCUAUCCUUGUGGUGCUCGACCCGCAAGGAAAAGUUGUGAGCCCAAAUGCAAUCCAUAUGAUGUGGAUCUGGCAAAGCAAUGCUUUCCCCUUUACGAGCAUAAGAGAGGAAACCCUUUGGGCGCAAGAGACUUAUAGGCUUGAGCUAUUGGUUAAUGGAAUCGACCCGAGAAUUUUGGACUGGAUCCGAGAAGAUAAGUACAUAUUUGUGUAUGGAGGUGACGACAUAGAAUGGAUCCGAAGGUUCACAAGGGAAGCACAUGCAGUAGCCCGAGCUCUUCAAGUUCAAAUAGAGAUGGUCUAUGUAGGAAGAAGCCACAACAAAGAGUUAGUCCGAAAGGUAAGUGAAUCAAUUAUGGUCGAGAAGCUUAGCCAUUGCUGGCAAGAACCAACCCAAGUAUGGUACUUCUGGACAAGAAUCGAGAGCAUGAUAUUCUCCAAAAUUCAGCUAGGAAGAGUCGCCGAUCAUGGUGAUGUCAUACUACAAGAAAUUCAAAGACUUCAUAGCCAUGAUAAGUCCCAUGGUGGGUGGGCUAUCUUAGCCAAAGGACCAACCAUUAUAGUUCAUGGACAUGGAAAACUUGCCUUAUUAGCCCUCCAAGAGCUUGAAAAAUGGAAGGAAAAUGCACUUUCUAAUGGGUUUCAUCAUGGGUAUAAAGAGCAUUACAUAAGCCUUCAUCAGAAAGAGUUCCCUUGUCACAGGAUUGAAUUUCCUGCUUCUGUCAAGGUUCCUAACAGUAUGCUCUGCCCCGACUGUCGUCGAUCUAUGCAGAAAUAUAACUCUUUCAAAUGCUGUCAUGAGGAUGGACUGUUCGGACAAGAGUUUCCUCCUGUUGUUUCUUAUGGUGCCUAAGCUAAAUUAAGUCUACCUAAUUUAUAGUAAUAUUAUGUGUGUGAUUUUGGAAGUUCAGCUAUAUUCUAUGAUGCAUUUUAAUUACUCCACUUGCUUUAUGUUAGCAUGGUCGGAUUGAAUAAAGGUUUGCAAGGGUGUGUGAUUGUUUUAAGUACCCUAUUAGGGAUUGUAAAAGAUACUAAUGGAUUAAUACUCUUAUAUUAUUAAAGUUUUUUAUUAAAAUGAAUGAUAUACACACAUUGGUGCUUUUGUC